CGCGCACACAUCAGGAACGCUCGCGCCGUGGAGAGCAACUUUAUCCUCACGCACAGCAAGUUCUGGGAGGGAAAAGCCCAAUAAGCCAGCCUCUCGCUCUCUCUCUCUCGCUUUCUCUCUCUCUCUCUCCUCUUACUACGUCUGUCCCUCCCUUUCUUUCUCCGUCAGUUCACUUAGUUACACAGACUUGUGGCUGCACAUCGGCGGCAUCAGACGGCGGCGCGCAACAGAAGCGGACGCUGCGCACAACGCAAUGAUGAAGCCGUGCUCGGGGCUGAUGCGCGUCCGCUGGGCGCUCUUCUUCAGCGCGUGCUUGCGGAUGGUGAGCGCGGACUGUGGCUCUGACUGCGCCUACUGCUCUGUGCACCUGCGCCUGCAACAAACACACGUCAACUCUAUAGAAUGUGUGUUGCAGUGUGAAGGUCAUCUUUCCACUGGUGGCUCUUGGGGUAUAUGUCAAGAUUUCCUGCAGACAACUGAGAGCACGCCUGAAGCAGGGCAAGCAUCAACAGAAAGCUAUAGCUUACCCCAAGAACACCAUGAAGAGAAAAAAUACGGUGGCUUCAUGAAGCGAUAUGGUGGUUUCAUGAAGCGUUAUGGAGGCUUCAUGAAACGGUAUGGAGGCUUCAUGAAAAAAGCAGCAGAGGUUUAUGGGCCACAGCCUGAUGAUGUAGACCGAGGCAGAGAAAUCCUGUCUAAGAGCGACAUGGAGAUGCUGGCCAAUCUGGUUGAAGAUGAUGCAGAGAAGGAAGGGCUUUCAAUGAAGGACAUCCAUAAUGGGAAGGGAGAGGUUGAUGAGUUAGACGGUGUGGUAAAACGCUAUGGUGGCUUCAUGAGACGUGGUUAUGACUCAGGAGGUGAAUCAAAGCCGCUACAGAAACGAUAUGGUGGGUUCAUGCGGAGGGUGGGCAGGCCAGAUUGGGGGGAGGAGCCUAAAUUUUACAGAGGUGUCUUUAAACGUUCGCCACGGGAGGAAGAAGAGCAAGAGAAGCCAUCAGAUAUGAGUAAGAAAUAUGGGGGUUUCGUGGAAUACUGAUGUCCAUCAGACUGUGGUUAGUUGUUGAUAUUUCUGUUCUAUCCCCCUUCACCUUUUACCUGUUAAAGGUUCUUUGUAAUCCUGGCAGAGAAAAACAAAUCACCUGCUUGUAAUGCACUUGUGCUGACACCGCUUGUAUAAUUUGCUUGUAAUAUCUUUGCAGUGCUAAACAUUCAUAAUGUAAAAAAAACAAAACAAAACAAAAAAAAAACUCUCGAAGGUAUAUUGUGGCUACUGGAAUUCAUGUUUCAUGGAUGCAAGCAUGUGUAGCAGAAUCAGACAACAGAUCAAUUACAAAGUAAUAUCACUUACGCUAGUCUGUCCUACCUUCAUUUGUCACUUUUUCCUAUUUCCCUGGCUGCACUAUAGAUAAAGCUCUCUACACCACACUUAUUUAGAGAUUGAUCCUGGAAUAUAUUUCCAGUUUACCACAGCAGGAGACUACAUGGUGUGAACGUUUCUUUUUUUAUAACCACAAUAGAGUGAUUUCCCCACAUAGCAGUGUUUCUUAUAGUGGGUUGUUCUGUUGACUGUCUAAAUUUGUUAUAUGCUGUACAGCUUGAAUAA